AUGACUUGCACAUGUGGGUCUUUGAGCCCAUCCCUCUAUUUUUGCUACAUUGUAAAAACAGAUCUUACUCUUCUUUAUAACAUACUUGCACUUGUUCCCUAUCCUUUAGAAGAAAAAAAAAAAGGAAUAUUCAUUGUUUUCCUUCUUGUGAUAAUCAAGAUGAAGUUACUCGGUUGGAUGCACCGUAAGCUCAUGCAGAAUAGCACAGAUCCUGUGAAAAGUUACACAAUUGAAAACCAUUCGUCUUGCUUCUCCUCGGACGACCAAAAUUACUAUAUCGCCCCUACGAAAACCCCCACACGCCAGAGCCUCAAACGCGAAAGAUCCCCGAACUCGUUUGACGAGCCCUUCGACUUCCUCUCGAUCGGAACCUUUGGAACCGAGCUUCUUCUCAACACGGGCCCGCCCACUCCAACUCUUCCUGCUCCAAACGUGGAAGCUUUGACCGGUCAACCGAUCGAGAUUACCGAGAAUGACCUUGACCUCAUAAGCCACGAGCUCGAAAAAUUUCUCGAGUCUGAGGAUGUUGAAACUGGGUACGACUCGUCUGAGAGGAGCAGCCGUGCUAGCGUGAUAACUUUAACCGAUCAAGGCAAUGUUCAGAUAUUAGCUUCUUCGUGUCCUCUUCAGAAUUAUCUUCUUGCAGCUCCAGUUCGUGAGGAGGUGAAGAAAACGAGGAUGUCUCUUGAGGAGCUUUUUAAGGAGGGAAAAAAUUGCGGUGAAGAAAAUGGUGGUGCUUCUGUGAAGAAAGGCGAAGGAGUGGGUGGGAAAGGGAAUGUGGCUCGUUUGGUGAAGAAGGUUGUGAAGAGGUUGAGUUCGAAUUCAAGUAAUAGUACUUCUGGUUUUGAUGAUAUUGAUGAUGAUGAUGAUAAUGCUGGUGUUUCCUUGCCGAUCAAGAAAAAACUGGCUAAGAAGCUUGUCAAAAUGUUUCAGAAGAAGGUUUAUCCUGAGGAGAUGACAGGCAAACGGUUUUUUAAGGUGACAAAGAGCAACAAGAAGAACAAAUAUAAUCCCAGCAAGGAAGAACAUCUUGCUGGCCACAACAACUCUGAUCAAUCAGCUAAGAGUAAAAAGAAGACCAUGAGACUAUUCUGCACUGGAGUUUGCACGGGAUCUUCACCGGUAAAUGCAGGGCAUUGGAUCAAAACAGAUUCUGAUUACUUGGUCUUGGAGCUGUAGAAGCAGAUAGACAGAGAGCAAAAGCAAGAAAGUUCUCAUCAUAUAUAAUGUGUCAGUGUGGAGUUUGCUCGUGUGGUUUUUCAUGUUCGGUGUGAAUUUCAGAAUCAAAUAGACAAAAAAAUAAAUUGGGAGUAUAUCCUGUGUAUGAAGUUUGAAUAUAAUUGUGUAAUGGAUGUUACUGGUGUGUUUGAUUUUUGGUUUUGCUUUUCAUGAACUUAUAUCAGCUGCAAAGAUACAAUCCUAUCUUUUUAAUGUCAAGAACUAAAGCAAUUGUUGUUGAAUAUCACAAGUAUUGGUUCAUUUCCA